UAUGUCGUGGCAACAGUGGUUCUUCAAGUAUUUCUAGUAAAGGAUUCUGCUUACAUUCCUAACUUCGUCCUACCUAGAUGUUACCGCUAGACGACUUGUUAUAUUUCAACUCCGUCAUAUAUUUGGUUUUAAUUCCUCCAUCGUCCCUCCGAAUCUUUACUUGUCGAUUGAACCCACGAAAAUGGAGUCUGAAUGUAUUCUCACACCGGGCGAGAUAGAUUUUUACGCUGCGAGUAUACAACCGUCAGAUUUUGAAACUAUCGGAACAUCGAGCUGGUUUGAGGCGCAUGAGAGACUGCAAAGGUUAUAUCAACAGGCUACUUUAGAGGCGUCAAAAAACAUUGAAGAACAUGUUAAGGAAGCCAUCAUUUCCAACUUGAAAUUGCAGAUACUGGUCUACGAGGCAGUCUUCAUCUCUGUGUGGAAACAACGAAUCCUCCCUCGGAUUUUGAAACAAAACCCGAACACGGAAAAUACAUUCCCCAUUUAUAUUAUAUUCUAUCACGAGGCAGUAGUGGUCGGUCUCCUUCAGACAGUCUUAUACCAUUCUGAGGGUUGUGAAUAUUUACAAGAUAGCGCUGUGGAACUUGUCGAUUAUUGUAUUUUGGUGCUUACAAGAAUAGCAAUAAGUUCCAGAGAUGCAAAAGAGUUGAAAAAGGACAAGCUGAAAGCUUCAACUUUGGAAGAGCUGAGAGCUCAGGAGGAAACCCUCUUGUUCGGCAUCGGAGCAAGUUGUUUGGGCAUCAUUCGAUACUUGGUGGAGAACCUGGAUUGCGUGCCCGUGACGGUAGCCACGCGUUUGUACUCGGACAACGACGUUCCUCUCUUGGUUUGUCAGCUAAUCGAUCAAGAAUCUUGGACGAGAAGAAAUGCCAAAGGAGAUACCUACAAGUAUACAGACAGCGAAUGGAAGAAGAUAACGGAUGUGCAAGAAAUGACAAAAACCGAGGCACAACUCUGGCUCGCAAUGCAUCAACUUUUACUGAAUAAGCACAUCAUUCAUCACUACGAACUAACAGAAAGCCGUAAAAACAGACUCGGGAGAUUGAAUAGAUUCCUCCACGAACUGCUAUUGGACCAACUUCCGCCUCUGAUUGACUUAAAACGAUGGUUGAGCCAGUUGGCGGUAGCUCAGGUGCCGACGAUGAGCUCGAAGAGGCCGUUCAUCGUGGAGUUGUCGACGGAAUUUCGAAGUGGACUGGAGACGAGCUGUGCGGGACGAUGGGACGAUAUUGCCGAGGAACACGCGCGGCGCUUGCUCCAGCUUUCGCGGGCCGAAACGGUCAAACUGGCCAACAGCCUCAGCAACGCCUUCGAGUCGCUCGCCGACGUCUGCGACGCAGGACCCAAGUGUGCCAAUUGCGGCGAUCGCGCCUCGCAGAAAUGUUCCCGCUGCAAGAACGAAUGGUAUUGCGGAAGGCCAUGCCAGGUGAAACAAUGGAAAAAUCAUAAAGAACAUUGCAAUACUGUCAGUGGUGUCAAAGAAUGCGAAAGUUCAUCGUGAGCAGUCGGAUCACAGCCGUGAAAAUGAUCCUAGAUUAUUAAAACACAAUAAAAUAUGUAAACCUUGACCAUUUGUAAACUUCAGACGUGAAAUCUAUCAUGUACGAAUGAUGUAAAUAAAAAUGUUAAAAUUUUACUC